AGGCAACCAGAGAACGUAUAUCAUAUAUAAUAUACGUUCUCUGAGGCAACAUCCAUGCCGACGUCGACGUCGACAGCGACGUCGUACACUUAUUGACAAUCCGCAAAAUCAGCUGUGCACUGGAAUAUUUAUUUACUUUUAUUUCGUGAUAAAAGUGAAUUUUACGUAAAAGUUUAAUUUCAAAGUUUUAUUUAAAACUGCCAAAAUCUGUGUAUAAAAUGGAACUCGAUCCGGAUAUUGUUAAAGAAUUUGAAAAUCUCGAAGUGUCUACUGAAAAACCAACUGAAGAGCAAUUACGUGAGUUCGACGCAGAUGCGCCAUUGCAGGCACCAGCCAAAACGCUACAUCCCACUUAUUCGACGAUACCGAAAUUUUUUCAUGCGCCACCGCCACAAAACAAUGCAUUGCGUCAAAAUCUGCGCAAAGAAGCACAUUCCCUCUUUCUACAGAAACGCUCACAAGAAUUGCUGGAUAACGAUGAGCUCGGCGCUUUGUGGACUUUGCUGGAGAAACAUUGCACGCAAGUGACGCCUGUGGGACAACAACUCAUCAGUUAUGAUGACUACCAAAAGUUGCUCGAGGCAGUGAGCACAAAAUGUCGCAAGUAUUUGACUGCACGUUUGUAUGCCAAAUUGCAGUGCCAUUCCAUGUAUCCAGGUAAAGUUGAAAUCGUUUCCAUCUUCAACUAUACAAUGCGUAAGGUGUGGCUAACCCAGGGUCGCAUUGGCUUGUCGCUCUACGAUGAAAUCGGCCAAGGUUACCUGCGCGAAAUCGACAUGGAGAACUAUAUUAUUGACAUUAUACCGACAUUAACACAGAUCAGCAGUUGCGUGCAACCUUCUUUUCAGAGUUUCUAUGUCUGCACGGUGGUGAAAAAGUUUUUCUUCUUUCUGGACCCAUUGCAUACAGGACGUAUACGCAUACGAGACAUACUGGCGUCGGGUCUGCUCACCGAAUUGUUAGAAUUGCGCGAUGAGGAAACGCCGAAAGACUCGCAGGAACAAAACUGGUUUUCCAUGCCGUCAGUGCUAACCGUUUAUGGCAAUUAUUUAAAUUUGGAUAAAGACCACAAUGGCAUGUUGAGCAAGCAAGAGCUGGCCGGUUAUGGUUCCGGCACAUUGACUUCAGUCUUUCUAGAUCGCGUUUUCGAUGAGUGCCGCACUUUUGAUGGCGAAAUGGAUUAUAAAACUUUUCUCGAUUUUGUUUUGGCGCUCGACAAUAGACACGAGCCACAAUCGCUGCAUUAUCUAUUUCGCAUACUGGAUGUGCAACACAAAGGCUACUUGACGGUGCAGACGCUGCACUAUUUCUUCAAAGGUAUACAAGAGCAAAUAAAUGCGGUUAAUGCGGAAGCGGUGAAUUUUGAAGAUUUGAAAGACGAAAUAUUCGAUAUGGUUAAGUCAAAAGACCCAUAUAAAAUUACGCUGCAGGAUUUAAUCAAUUGUGGCCAAGCGGAAACUGUCGUCUCCAUCCUCAUAGAAUUUCACAAAUUUUGGGCAUACGAAAAUCGUGAGGAUGGCUCACAUAACGUUUAGUUUCGACGCAUUCAAAUCGAAACUUAAUUAUAAGCCAAGGAUAUUACGUAAAUCGACUUUAGAUUAGGGCGAUGCAGACAGAACGGUUGAAAGGCAAAGCAAUCAACAUUAGCACCGAAUUGUGCCGCUUGAACAAUAAGACUUUGAAUAUGUAAUGUGCUGUCAUUAUU